AUGCAAUGUGUGGACUAUACGUUAAAUAGUCUGCGCCAAAUUACGGCUACACCGAAGUAUGAUGGCGUUAGCACUCCACCCCUUUCUCCAAAGAAUAUGGAAAGUGUAAUCUCAUCUCAAGGAGUAGAGAGUAAUUCUUGGACCCAAAAUAGCGAUCAUGAAGAUCAUCCUAAAGAAUCAUCUAAACGAACUCGACAGUCUUAUUCCCGUCACCAAACGAUAGAAUUGGAAAAGGAGUUCCAUUUCAAUCGGUAUCUUAAUCGGAGACGUCGUAUCGAAAUUGCUAGCAUGUUGAAGCUCACCGAAAGGCAAAUCAAGAUUUGGUUCCAAAAUCGCCGGCAAUUGCAUGAAAUACAAACAUGA